CCCGCCUGCCCAGCCCGGCCCGGGGCGCCCAGCGCGGAGCGGAGCCGGCGGCGGCGGGACGGAGCCACAUGGCGGCCCCGGAGCGACGGGCCUUCGCCCAGCGCAUCAGCCGGACGGUGGCUGCCGAGGUGCGGAAGCAGGUGUCCCGGGAGUACGGCGGGUCCCCCCAGCUCUCCAAGAAGCGCAGUGGCUCCCAGCAGUUGGUGCCGCUGACGGAGGUGGUGGAGCCGGUGGACUUUGAGGAGUACCUGGCUGCCCACCCUCCCGAGGUGGAGCCUGGCCCACUCCGUGACCUGGUCGAGUUCCCCGCUGAUGACGUGGAGGUGGUCCGGGAGCCGCGGGAAUGCCGCACGCUGGAACCGGGGUUACCCGACGAGGGGAAGCUGGAUGCCCGGGUGCGGGACGCGGUGCAGGUCUACACGGAGGACUGGCUGGUGGUGCGGAGGAAGUACCAGCAUCUCAGCACCAUGUACAGCCCCCACACGGCCGAGCGGCAGCGGCAGAGACAGAGGGGGCUGCCCCGGCAGGUCUUCGAGCUGGACGAGGCCGCGGAGGAGCCGGAGGAGCUGAAGCGCCGCUCGCCCUCCCUGGACGACACGCCCCGGGGCAGCUGGGCCUCCAGCAUCUUCGACCUGAAGAACUCGGUGGCCGACCCGCUGCUGCCCACCCUGCUGGAGCACACGGCCAUGGAGGAGGUCGACCGGCGUAACGAGGAGCUGCGCAAGGAGAACCGGCACCCGGAGCUCCUGGCCCUCUUCCCCGCCCCCGACGAGGACGAGGCGGUGGAGCGCUGCAGCCUGCCCGAGGUGCCCCGGGAGCACUUCGGCCAGCGGAUCCUGGUGAAGUGCCUGUCUCUCAAGUUUGAGAUCGAGAUCGAGCCCAUCUUCGGGACACUUGCCCUGUAUGAUAUCAAGGAAAAGAAAAAGAUCUCCGAGAACUUCUACUUCGACCUCAACUCGGAGCAGGUGAAGGGGCUGCUGCGGGCGCCCGGCGCCCACCCCGCCAUCUCCACGCUGGCACGCUCCGCCAUCUUCUCCAUCACCUACCCUUCCCCCGACAUCUUCCUGGUCAUCAAGCUGGAGAAGGUACUGCAGCAGGGGGACAUCGGGGACUGCUGUGAGCCCUACAUGGUCAUGAAGGAGACGGACACAGCCAAGAACAAGGAGAAGCUGGAGAAGCUGCGUGGGGCGGUGGAGCAGUUCUGCGGCCGUCUGGGCCGGUACCGCAUGCCCUUCGCCUGGACGGCCAUCCACCUGCUGAACAUCGCCAGCACCGCCGGGGCCCUGGAGCGCGAGGCCGCCGACGCCGAGAGCGAGCGCCGGGGCACCUGGAACGAGCGCAAGCGGAGGACGCUGGAGCGUGUGAGCGCCGGGGAGGAGCCGUGCAGCUUCGGCAGCUUCCGCCCCGCCACCCUGACCGUCACCAACUUCUUCAAACAGGAAGGCGACCGGCUGAGCACCGAGGACCUGUACAAGUUCCUGGCGGACAUGAGGCGCCCGUCCUCACUGCUGCGCCGGCUGCGGCCCGUCACAGCUCAGUUCAAGGUGGACAUCUCGCCGGCGCCCGAGAGCCCCUACUACUGCCUCUCCCCGGAGCUGCUGCACGUCAAGCCCUACCCGGACCCCCGGGUGCGGCCUACCAAGGAGAUCCUGGAGUUCCCAGCCCGGGAGGUCUAUGUCCCCCACACCACCUACAGGAACCUGCUCUACGUCUAUCCCCACAGUCUGAACUUCAGCAGCCGCCAGGGCUCGGUGCGCAACAUCGCCGUGAAGGUGCAGUUCAUGGCGGGCGAGGACCCCAGCCAGGCCCUGCCGGUGAUAUUUGGCAAGUCGAGCUGCAGCGAGUUUAUGAGGGAGGCCUACACGGCCGUGGUGUAUCACAACAGGUGCCCCGAGUUCUACGAGGAGUUCAAGCUGCGGAUCCCGCCCGCCCUGACGGACAAUCACCACCUGCUCUUCACCUUCUACCACGUCAGCUGCCAGCCGAAGCAGAACACGCCGCUGGAGACUCCCGUCGGCUACACGUGGAUCCCGCUGCUGCAGCACGGCCGUCUGCGGACGGGGCCCCUCUGCCUGCCCGUGUCGGUGGAGAAGCCCCCGCCCAGCUACUCCGUGCUCACCCCUGACGUGCAGCUCCCCGGCAUGAAGUGGGUCGAUAACCACAAGGGGGUGUUUCACGUGGAGCUGCUGGCCGUGUCCUCGGUGCACACGCAGGACCCCGCCCUGGAUAAGUUCUUCACGCUGGGCCACGUGCUGGAGGAGAGCAACUUCCCGGUGCGCCUGCGGGACGCCGUGCUGACCGAGAGCAGCGUGGAGGGGGAGCUGCGGGCCAGCGUGGCGGGGCUGCGGGGGGCCGGCCUGGGGCCACUGCUGGCCCACUGCCACCAGGUCCUGGACAAGCUGCUGCUGCUCAUCGCCCGGCCGCCCGUCAUCGGGGGCCAGAUCGUCAACCUGGGCCGCGCCGCCUUCGAGGCCAUGGCCGUCAUGGUGAACCAGAUCCACCAGGGCCUGGAGGCCAGCCAGGGCCAGCAUGGCCACAACCCGCUGCUGGCCGCCUACAUCCACUUCGCCUUCCGCCUGCCCGCCGAGCCGCCGGCCCCGGGGAGCGAGGCCGGGACGCCACCCCAUGGGGCUGCCAUCCAGUGUGCCACCCUGUCCCGUGCCUCCGGCCGCCCUGCCAGCCUCAACCUGUCGCGCUCCAAGAGCAUCAGCAGCAGCAACCCCGACCUGGCCACCGCGCCCGGCUCCCCCGACGGCGAGGUGCAGAAGAUCCUGGGCAGCAAAGGGAUCGACCGCUCGCACUCCUGGGUGAACUCGGCCUACGCCCCCGGCGGGCCCAAGGCCGUGCUCCGCCGGAACCCGCCCAGCUCCAGCGCCGACCUCAAACAGGCCUGCGAGCGAAGCUCUAACCGCCUCUCCUCCUUCCUGGAGCACCCCUCCGCGCCUGCCGCCCCCACCAGGCCGACCGCCAAGAAGCUGCUGCACGAGGAGCUGGCCCUGCAGUGGGUGGUGAGCACCAGCGCCGUGCGCGAGGCCGUGAUACGCCAGGCCUGGUUCUUCUUCCGGCUGCUGGGGAAGAGCAUGGCCCUGCAUCUGCACCAGGCCGAGAAGCUGGAGGCCCCGCGCCGGGAGCGCUUCCCCAGCCGCUUCGUGGACGACAUCGCCGCCCUGGUGGGCGCUGUCAGCAUCGAGAUCGCCACCCGCUACCAGAAGGACGUGGAGCUGGUGGAGUGCCUCAACAGCAGCCUGGCCUUCUUCCUCAACGACCUGCUCUCCCUGAUGGACCGCGGCUUCGUCUUCGGCCUCAUCCGCGCCUACUACAAGCAGAUCGGUAACCGGCUGCCGAGCGCCCAGAACCCCCCCGCCCUGGUGGCGCUGCGCCUGGAUUUCCUGCGCGUCGUCUGCAGCCACGAGCACUUCGUCAGCCUGAACCUGCCCUGGCAUCGCCUCUCGCCGCCCGCCUCGCCCUCGCCCUCCGUGUCCUCCGCCACCUCCCAGGGCUCGGCCUUCUCCAGCCCGGCACAGGACCCGCGGGUGGCCAGCAUGUUCGAGCUGUCGGGGCCCUACCGCCGGCAGCAUUUCCUGGCGGGGCUGGUGUUGACGGAGUUGGCGCUCGUCCUGGAGCCGGAUGCCGAAGGCGUCUUCUUCCUGCACAAGAAGGCCAUCAGUGCCCUGCACAGUCUGCUGUGCAGCCAUGAUGCCGACGCCCGCUACGCCACCCCCUCCGCCCGCGCCCACGUGGCCCGGCUGUACCUGCCGCUCCUCAGCAUCGCCCUGGACGCCCUGCCGCAGCUCUACGACUUCACCGAGAACCACAGUCCACGCGGGCGCCUGGUCACUGUGCCGGGGGAUGAAGGAGACAGUGACAGCGGCACCAUCAGCCAGUCAGUGGCCAUGGCCAUUGCCGGCUCCCCGCUGCCCCACGCCCACCGGGCCAGCCCCUUCCUGCUGCCAGCAGCCCCCCCCCGCCCGGGUGGCACUCUGUCGGCCGAGGCGAGCCGCACCCUGCUGGCCUGCCUGCUGUGGGUGCUGAAGAACGGGGACGCGGGGGCGCUGCAAGGCUGGUUUGCGGAGCUGUCCCCCCUGCACCUCGGCCGCCUCCUUGACCUGCUCUACCUCUGCGUGGCCUGCUUCGAGUACAAGGGCAGGAAGGCCUUCGAGCGCAUCAGCAGCCUGGCCUUUAAGAAGUCGCUGGACAUGAAGGCGCGGCUGGAGGAGGCCAUCCUGGGCACCGUCGGGGCGCGCCAGGAGAUGGUGCGGCGCAGCAGGGAGCGCAGCCCCCUGGGGGGCCAGGAGAGCGUUCGCUGGAGGAAGAACCUCGCCCACUGGCGCCCGAACUCCGACAAGGUGGACAAGAGCCGGGAGGAGGUGGAGCAGGAGGUGCUGGUGGAGGGGAACCUGGCGACCGAGGCCAACCUGGUGGUGCUGGACACACUGGAGAUCAUCGUCCAGACGGUGCUGCUGGCGGAGGCCAAGGAGAGCGUGCUUGACGGGGUGCUGCGGGUGCUGCUCCACGGCAUGGCCUGCACGCCCAGCGCCCUCUUCCUGCAGCACUGCUUCGCCUCCCAGAGGGCGCUGGUGAGCAAGUUCCCGGAGAUGCUGUUCGAGGAGGACACGGAGCUCUGCGCCGACCUGUGCCUGCGGCUGCUGCGGCAUUGUAGCAGCCGGGUGGCUGCCAUCCGCACCCACGCCAGCGCCUCCCUCUACCUGCUCAUGCGCCAGAACUUCGAGAUCGGCCACAACUUUGCCCGGGUGAAGAUGCAGGUGACGAUGUCGCUCUCCUCGCUCGUCGGGACCUCGUCCAACUUCAACGAGGAGCAUCUACGGCGCUCGCUGAAAACCAUCCUGACCUACACCGAGGAGGACGCCGGGCUGCGGGACAGCAGCUUCGCCGAGCAGGUGCAGGACCUCGUCUUCAACCUGCACAUGAUCCUCACCGACACCGUCAAGAUGAAGGAGCAUCAGGAGGAUCCAGAGAUGCUGAUAGACCUGAUGUACAGGAUCGCCAAGGGCUACCAGAACUCCCCGGACCUGCGGCUGACGUGGCUGCAGAACAUGGCGGCCAAGCACUCGUCCCAGGGGAACCACGCCGAGGCGGCCCAGUGCCUGGUGCACGCGGCCGCGCUGGUGGCCGAGUACCUGAGCAUGCUGGAGGACUGUCGCUACCUGCCCGUGGGCUGCGUCUCCUUCCAGGGCAUCUCGUCCAACGUGCUGGAGGAGUCGGCCGUCUCGGACGACGUGCUGGCCCCGGACGAGGAGGGGAUCUGCUCCGGGAAGUUCUUCACUGAGCUGGGGCUGGUGGGGCUGCUGGAGCAGGCGGCCGCCUUCUUCACCAUGGGCGGGAUGUACGAGGCGGUGAACGAGGUCUACAAGAUCCUCAUCCCCAUCCACGAGGCCAACCGGGAGUUCAAGAAGCUGGCUGCGCUGCACGGCAACCUGCAGGACGCCUUCGGCAAGAUCACCAGCCAGAGCGCUGGCUGGGAGCGCAUGUUCGGGACGUAUUUCCGGGUCGGAUUCUACGGCAGCAAGUUCGGGGACCUGGACGAGCAGGAGUUUGUGUAUAAAGAGCCAUCCAUCACCAAGCUGGCCGAGAUCUCCCACCGGCUGGAGGAGUUCUACGCCGAACGCUUCGGGGAUGACCUGGUCGAGAUCAUCAAGGACUCGAACCCUGUGGACAAGGCCAAGCUGGACCCCAAUAAGGCCUACAUCCAGCUGACCUAUGUGGAGCCCUUCUUCGACACCUACGAGCUGAAGGAGCGGGUCACCUACUUCGAGAAGAACUAUGGUCUGUGCAGCUUCCUCUUCUGCACGCCCUUCACGCUGGACGGGCGGGCGCACGGGGAGCUGCACGAGCAAUUCAAGCGCAAGACGCUGCUCUCCACCUCGCACGCCUUCCCCUACCUCAGAACCCGCCUGCCCGUCGUCCACAAGGAGGAGAUCAUCCUGACCCCCAUCGAGGUGGCCAUUGAGGACAUGCAGAAGAAGACGCAGGAACUGGCCUUCGCCACCCACCAGGACCCGGCCGACGCCAAGAUGCUGCAGAUGGUGCUGCAGGGCUGCGUGGGCACCACCGUCAACCAGGGCCCGCUGGAGGUGGCCCAGGUGUUCCUGGCCGAGAUCCCGGACGACCCCCGGCUCUACCGGCACCACAACAAGCUGCGCCUCUGCUUCAGGGACUUCACCAAACGGUGCGAAGACGCCCUGCGUAAGAACAAGGCGCUGAUCGGGCCGGACCAGCGCGAGUAUCACCGGGAGCUGGAACGGAACUUCCUGCGCCUCCGGGAGUCGCUGCAGCCCCUGUUGGGCCGCCGGAUCCCCCAGCUCUACGCCCCACUCGUCCCGCACUCCACCCACCGAAACUCUCUGAACAGGUCUAGUCUCCACAAGCUGGAGGGCUAGGAGGAGCCAGCGGGAUCACCGAGGACCUUGGACCGGCUGCGUCCGCUCUUCCAGCCUGGGGGGACACACCCUGCCAGCCUCCAGAGUGCCUUGCUGAGCCCCCCGUAUGGAGCCAGCCCAAGCCGCCUCCCCCGGGUCCAGGCCCACUCUCAAACUCUGCCCCCAGCCGGGCCUGCGGGGAGACCACUCGACCCAGUCAAAUGCCAGGUGUCCGUGGUGUAUCAGGGUCGUUCUCCGCCCCUUCCCGCUGCCUUCUGCUGCCCGGGGCGUUAAGGGCAAGGCGCCAGGACUCGGGUCUGGUGUCUCUCCCGCGGCCUGUGCCCGGUGCUGCAGGAGCCAGGCGGGCUGUCUAGCCUGUUACCUAGCAGCCAGCGGUAGAAGUUGGGUGGCCCCAAUCCUGCCAGGGACCCUGCCUCUGGACCAAAGCUCAGCAAGCUGCCCCCCGAGCGUCUCCCCCUGCGGAUCCCCCAAAUGCAGGCAGCGAAGCGGCACCAGGCCAAGAUCACCCCCACCUCCCCCAUGGCAAAUGGCACAGCUGGCUGGUUCCUGGGGCGAGAGAAUGGGGCAGGCCAUGGAGUCCCCCUCCUAGUGCUGGGAACAGAACCCAGGAGUCCUGGCUCCCCCCCCCACACCAAAGCCAGGGGCCCUAUGGCCCUUGUGGUGCUUGAGGAUCCUGCUCCCCCACCCCUCCGGGGGCAGGGGGGGACACAGCCUCUGCCCAAUCCCUGUGCUGGAGGGGGGGGGCAGCUGGAGCCUUCCAACCCCCCAAGUGCCUGGGCCGGCCCUAGCUGUAGUGGAAGGAGGGGGGGUGCCCCACUUCCCGCCCCACUCACCUCUGUAUGUUUCUUUUCUCACUCUGAGGAGCCUUCCUCUCCCCCGCUUCUGCUAUCUCUUCCCUUGACCCCCAGCGGGGGGGGGCCCUCUGGGACGUUCAUUAACCCAUGGGUGGAAGGGGUGGUCUGGGGGGCUGAUCUGGUUAAAUGGGGAGGGCAAGCAGGGGCAGGGUGAAGCAUAGCCAUGAGGCUGUUCCACGUGAGUCGGGGAGAGGGGGCUGGUCUACUGGCAGUGGGGCAGGCGGUACCCCCAGCAAAGGGGCACAGAGAUGGGGGGGGCUGCCAGGCAUGGGCCCCUCCAUUAGGUCCCACUCCAGGCCCUCCACCUGUGGGGUGGGCAGGGGAUUCCCCAGGCCCUGCAGUGUCAGUGCGAGCCCCCCCACCCCCCAGCUGUACCCUGGGGGGGCCAAGAGUGUCCGGUGUGGGGCCCUGCUGCCCCCUCAACUCCAGCAGGGCCUGGAUGGGGAGUUGGGGGGGAGCCCAGACCUUCCCUGCCCCCUUCAAAUCACUGGUGCUGUGCCCCUCCCCCUUCCCGGUCUGGACCACCGGCCUUAACCCCAAACUGGAAACUCCCCCACAUUAAAUACCAGGUAGGGGAGGGGUGAAGCUGUUGCUGCCCCCCCCCCAGCUCCCUCCCCUCCCCUCCCAUGCACCCCAUUGGAUUUGGCUCCUGCCUUGCUCUGGGGCAGGACACGGGGGGACGUGGUCUCCCCUCAGCGUCCUCCGUAGCCUCCCACCCCGGUCCUGCCCCCACACCCCGUGUCUGGCCGGCUGGGACCGCGGGGAGAGGCGCCGGCCGGGGGUUUAUUUAUAAAGCGAUUUAACAAUAAAACCCAAAACCUUUGGAUUGUUUGAA